AUGUACAGGUCUCCACAUGUUCCUGGAAUCUACACCGAAGAACAAAUCGAAGCAUGGAAGAAAGUGGUGGAUGCUGUUCAUGCCAAGGGUGGUCUAAUCUUCUGUCAACUAUGUUUAUUAGUAUAUCAGCCUGGUGGGGGUGCACCAAUUUCGUCAACCAGCCGGUCCAUAUCCGAGAACUGGAAAAUACUCAUGCCUGAUGGAACCGAAGACAAUUUCUCCAGUCCUCGAGGCUUGGAUACGUGCGAAAUUCCGAUGGUUGUCGAGCAGUUUCGUCGGGCAGCCAUCAACUCCAUCCGAGCAGGUUUCAAUGGGAUCGAGCUCCAUGCGGCACAUGGCUAUCUCAUCGAUCAAUUCUUGAAGGAUGGAGUCAACGAUAGGACAGAUGAAUAUGGUGGUUCAAUUGAAAAUAGGUGCAGAUUCUUGAUGGAGAUCAUUCGAGCGGUAGUUGUAGCCAUUGGUAGUGAUCGAGUUGCGGUUAGAAUUUCACCUGUGUCCAAUUAUGUCGAUGCCAUGGAUUCUGAUCCACUCAAUCUAAGACUCACAGUGAUCGAAAAACUCAACACAUUCCAAGCUGAUAUGGGAUUGAAACUCGCUUAUCUCCAUGUAACUCAACCGCGAGUCACGCCAUCUCCGGAACAAAUUGGUACCGAAGAUGAAGAAGCCAAGUUCAUGCAGACUCUAAGAAGAGCUUAUCAAGGUACAUUUAUGUCAGCUGGCGGGUUCACUCGAGAGCUAGGGAUGAAGGCCGUGACUGACGGUGAUGCGGAUUUGAUAUCGUACGGUCGAAUUUUCAUUUCUAAUCCUGAUUUAGUAUAUAGGUUCAAGAUUGAUGCACCAUUAAAUAAGUAUGUUCGAGAGACCUUUUAUACUCAUGACCCUGUUGUUGGAUACACGGACUAUCCUUUUCUCAACCAAGAAGGUAAUGACAAGGACUCUCACAUGACAAAAGUGUAUUCUUGAGAGAAUUAGAUCUGUAUUACGUGUUUGAAUAAGGGGAGCAAGUAUUUGGUGUAUUUCAUGGAUGCUU